AAGGAAAUAAAAAUAUCCCACGAAGCUCGUAAUCCUACCAAUGUGAAAAGCCUAAGAAUUUUUUUUUAUUUCUCUUUUUCUUUUUCUGGAAAGAAACAAUAACAAUCAUUUUCCUGUCCCACCGACAAGGUCACUGGGCUCCUCCAUGUCUGUAUGAAUCUCGGACCUCUCAGCGACAUUUCGAGCCCAUUGGCAUGCGUCACCUUAGUCGUUGAACCAACAUGCCCUAGAUCUGAAUGUCAAUGCCAUUCUCCUCUAACGGAUUAAACGAUCGGAUCACGCGAUUUCUGGUUGGAAGGAGGGGGGCUUUGAAUUUUAGAUCUUAAAGAGUAAUGCAGGUUCGAAAAUCGCGUUUUUGAGCUUUUCUGAACUCGAAUAUUUCUGAUUUGGUCGAAACAUGGUGUUCUGGGAAGGAUAUGUGAGUGAUGAAGCCAUGGGCACGUUUGCCCCAAUUGUGGUGUACUGGCUGUACGCGGGGUUUUAUCAGCUGUUGCCGCCUUUAGACAAAUACCGAUUACAUACUAGGAAAGAAGAGGAGGAGAAGAACUCGGUGCCGCUCUCGUCAGUAGUUAAGGGUGUUUUGCUACAGCAGCUUGUUCAGGCCACCGUUGCCGAAGGACUUUUCAUGUUGACGUCAAAGGCAAGUUCAUCAGGGAUCAUGAUUCAGCCAUCCCUCCCUGUCCAAGUUGUGCAGAUAAUUGCUGCAAUGCUUGUUAUGGAUAUGUGGCAGUACUUUGUGCACAGGUACAUGCACCAAAACAAAUUCUUGUAUCGCCAUGUACAUUCUCAACAUCACAGACUAGUUGUCCCUUAUGCAAUUGGAGCCCUGUACAAUCACCCACUUGAGGGUCUCCUGCUUGACACCUUGGGUGGGGCAAUCUCCUUCCUUGUCUCAGGAAUGACUGCUCGGACGGCUGUGACUUUCUUCUGCUUUGCUGUGGUAAAAACUGUAGAUGAUCACUGUGGACUUUGGCUGCCUGGCAAUGUCUUCCAUAUUUUAUUCCAGAAUAACUCUGCUUACCACGACAUCCAUCAUCAACUCCAGGGAUCAAAGUACAACUAUUCUCAACCAUUCUUUCCCAUCUGGGAUAAAAUUCUUGGGACCCACAUGCCUUACAAUCUUGUAAAGCGACCUGAAGGCGGGUUUGAGGCAAGACCAGUUAAAGAUUAGCAGCAUUUGGAGCAUCUGUUGGUGUGUCAUUUCAAGUUCUCUCGUCAUUUCUGCUUCAAGUUGCAGUUAUUGGAUGGUUGUUUUUGAAGCUUCAUAUUGGUGCAGGCGGUUGAUUCCAAGUUGUUCACUCCUUUUCCAGUUGCUCAACAGUGUUCUCUGUAGCAUAAUCGGUUAUGAUUAUUUUGCCACCCUGCAAAGUGAUUUGUAACUUCUUGUUGUCAGAGUAUAUUUUGUAGCAUACUUGUUUUAUGGUUACACAACAUAUAGAUUUUCCAUGCUGUUGAGAUUGGUGUAUAAUUAACAGAAUUGGAUUUGUAUGUUGCUUAACACUGCUUAGUAGUUUAAAUAUCAUUUUUCUGUAAUUCUAGAAA